AAGCCUUACAAGUACUAGCAGUAACGACUCUAUCAAGUUAGACGCUGGGAAUAUAUUUCUUGUAACACAAAUGGAGUUACUAUUUCAUAACGCAUUCCUGAUUAAUUGUUGGACUUUACAAAAAGCCAACACGUCUCUGACUUUGGAGCAUUAGAUAUGGACCAUGAAGAAGUGCACCAGUCGUUAGUGAAAGACCUCAAUGAGCUUCAUCAAAUACAUUUCAGGAAAAACGUCGCUCUAUUCUUUUGGGGGUUAAAACACGAAACGAACCGGAAAACAGUACCGGAAGUAGCUUUGCGAGUUUGUUCUGUUGCCGGAUAAGGGGCCGUAGUUAAAUAUAAAGGAAUGCUUUGUUUCAUGGAGGGUCAUAUUCCUUCUCAUGUCACUUGGCUUUGUGUUUAUAGAGAAUCCCAAUUACCAGUUAAUUUGAAGUUGGCAAUGUUGCAUCCUCACUUUUAGAAGUACUGCUUCAUUUUUGGCAAGCACCAAACAGCCCUAUGACCAUGCCUAUGCCAUAGUUUCAAAGUAUUGUCCCGCUGAGGUUUCUAAAGGAAAGUUUAACCUUAAUGGAGAGCUCAGAUGAUGAUUUUGAUGAACUCUGUGCUAGACUUUUGAAAAGGGUGAAGAAGAACGUGGAUGAAGGACAUAGAAGACAACCAAAAGGUGCAUCCCAUGUUGGGAAGAGAAGUGUGACAGCUCGAUCUCGAGUGCAAGGCAGUACUAAGCCUACAGUACGAAACAGGGUGAAAGCUAACAAUGUCCGUGAAGAAGAUGGAGUGCAAGUGCCCAAGUCAGGGACUUGUGAAACUGGGACAUUUUCUGGUGCAGCUAGUACUGAAAUCCGUACAGGAAAAGUCAAGCCUGAUGACCUGACUUCAGAAGCUCCUGGGAAUGUGGACCAGUUGCCAUCAUAUAGUGCUGGUCAUGGCCCAGAGAAACCUAAAUGUUCUGCAUCAGACUCUACCAAGACAACAUUGCUUGGAUGCCACAAGUUACUUGUGGUACUGAAGAGGAUGCAGGAGUUUAAGAGAAAAGAUCCAGAGCGAUUGAAACUCAGAACUGGAGAGAGCUCUUCUCAAGUCUCACCUAAGAAAGAGAACAGUUCUCAGCAAGAUGAGCUUGAACUCUCAGUGCAAGACUUUCGUCAUUGUGAGGUGGAAAAAGAUGCCGAACUGGCUCGAGUGAUCCAAGAACAACUAAAACAAGAGACACUUCAUCCAAAGACAGAAAUUCUGGAAGAUAAAGGAUUGUUUUUUUGUCAGCUCUGUCAGAAGGAUUUAUCUGCCAUGAACUCCACUCGUCGAGCUCAGCACAUUAACAGAUGUUUGGAUGAGAGGACAGAUUCUUCACUUUCAGCUGCUUCCUCUGACUCUUCAGAGAUCCCAGAAUGUCCAAUCUGUGGAAAGAAAUUUGCCACUUUAAAAAGUCGAGUUAGUCAUCUGAAGCGCUGUGCUGUGAAGAUGGAUGUGUCUCCACAGCUGUUGCUGCAGGCAAUCCAGAGACAGAAUGUGAAUCUAGAUGAAGAGUCGUCCACAACAGUAACACAACAGCCUGGAAGAUCCAAAAGAAAGGGGUCGGAAAAGCAUAAGGGGCCAUGCAAGAAACCAAAAAUCACCAAAGAAAAUCAUAUAGAUGAGGAUUUGAUGGUUGCUAUGGCAAUGUCACGAUCUUUGCUCGAACAAAAGAAGGAGGGUACAGCUGACAAUGCUCACAUAGCAGCAUCCCUUCAGCAGAAACCUUUGCUGUCAAAGAUAAAGCCUGGAGCUGAGAAAAAUAGUCGUAAGAAGAAAAAAGAUAUGCCGCCACCUCUCCUGCUUGUUCAAGACAGGGAGACCACACUCCAACAGCUUCAAACUCGAGUAGCCACACUGCUGACAGAAGAACUGGAUGCUCCAUGUACUCCAUUAUUUUCACACAGUGUGUUCUGUGACACAAGGGCUAAGAAAUGGAGCUGGUAUCAUCUGACAGACAAGAAGCUUUGGACAUGGAGUACCCUUUGUAACACCAAAGCUUGUGUAACUGAAGCAUUUUAUACACCAGAGAUUACACCACCUAUUAUCCCAUGGAAACCGCCACAGAGGGAAAAGAGAAUCAGUGCUAUGCCUUCAGUAUCUCCCCUUAGGUUGCAGUCAUCUCUGCUGUCUGCCUCAGGCAAGCAUGCAUCUAAACAUGGCUCUGAUGUUCAUCAACCCAGUGGUGAAGAAAGGCAGACAUCACUUCUCCCCAGUGACACCAAGCCAUAUGACCUUGAUAGUUGUAGCCAACAAGAAAAUCAAGUUUUGCAAGACUUAAUUGAACUUGCUGGAGAAGGUAUCACUAUCUCACAGUGCGGCCAUGGUAUGGAGAACAACAGUGAAAAACAGAAUGCAGAGGAAGAACCAGUAGAUAUGGACAUUCCAUGUAGUGGAUUUGUUCCACCUGUGAUGCACAACAGGAUCCAAAGAAGAACACCAUCCAGACUUCUAGUUCAAAAAUUGACUGCUGAUUUGGGAACAAUGGUGAAUAAUCCACAAUUAAGUGAUGUACAGUUCCAGACAGACAGUGGUGAUGUCAUCUGUGCUCACAUGUUUGUAUUGUAUGCAAGAUGUCCACAGCUGGUACAGGCGGUGCAUAAUGAAGGUUUCUAUGCAGAAGAGAAUGGAGAUCGCAGGAUCAGACGUCUUCUGAUGAGCGAAGUUGAAGCAGAAGCAGUUUGUUGGCUUCUGAAGUAUUUGUAUACCGCCGAUGCUAAAGUGCCAUGUAAUUUACUGUCAGACGUUGAGUCUUUGGCUGUCAGAUUUGGUAUAAAUGAUUUGCUGGAUAUUUGUAAGUCCUACACUGCAUAUGAAGUUGUUGCAGAAAAUCAUUCAGAAGAUUUUCUUUGUAUUGAGAAUGAAGAAGAAGAUGAUUGCAACAACAGAGCUGAGAACUUCCAGGAACUGUUGAAGUCCAUGUGGGUAGAUGAAGAGGAACUGGCUGAACAUCCUGAAUUAUUCACCGAUGACCAAGAAAACAUUGAACCAGAAGAUGUAAAUGUUGGAGAUGAAGAUUUAGAUGAGAUUUAUGAAUUUGCUGCCACCCAGAGAAGAAUGUUGAAAAAUUGUCAUAAUAGUAGUGAAAAUGAAAAGGCUGAGAGCUACAAGAAUACAAAAACAGAAGAUGAACACCCUGUGUGCCAGCAGAAGAAAAUUGAUGGUGAUGGACUGGAGAACAUUGGGAACUCAUACACUUGCAGUCAGAGACCAUUCAAAUGGGAUAAUGGUAGUCUAAGCAUAAAAUCUACAACUGAGCAAGCUUCAACUGAUGUAGAAGUAACUGAGGUGAAACAUGUGAAUAAAAAUGUAAAUAACCAAGAAAUAAUGUCUCUAGAUGCUGAAAUCACAUCUUCUAAUACUAAUAGCUACUUCGCAUCACCCAAGGCAGAGAUAAUUGCUUUCACACCCUUAACAGACUCUAACAGAAAAAAAUCAAACAUUUUACAAAUGCAAGACAUUUGUCAGAACUCAGAAUGUGAUAACAGACUUGAGACGAGUUAUAAUCGAAUGUUUUCUGAUACAUGGGGUGAGUUGUCUGUUUCCUCACAGAAGACAGUGGAGCUGGGAGAGAACUUUGAAGGGUUGGAUAGUAAACAUCGUAGAUCUGCUUUUAAGAGACAAAGUAAAGUUUGUGAUUUACGUGUUGAUAUUGAUGAGUCACUGAAGUUUCAUUCUUCAGUAGCUGAUGCUUACAGAAAUCAUUCAGUAACGUCACCUUCUGUCUUUCCUGAUAUUGGUAUGUCACCAAUAUGCCCAUCUCCAUCUAAGAAGUGUUGUGAUACAUCUUCUGAAAAGAUACCACCCUUAAGUCAUGACACAGAUAUAGAUGUAGCACCAGAACAAAAUGCUUUGUGCAAAUCAGAGAAUUGCUCCAGCCCAGAAGACAAGAAAGUAAUAGACAGUUUGAGCUGUAAGACUAUACUUGUAUUAGAAGAUCCAGCUGGAAAGCAGCUUCCUCAGAUGAUCAUAAGUGAUCGUGAAUUUAGUCCAUCAGCAUUUCAGAUAUCCUCUCCAUACAGCAGUAGAAACCAGUCAUCUUUCUUGGUUAAAAAGGAAGACAAUGUUAUUCUUUUGUUAGAGUCUGAUGAUGAAAUAGAAACAGAGCACAAGUCUGAUUUUGAGAGACUAACUAGAGAAGAUGAAUGUUGCUUCAAAUCAGAGAAUAAAGAACCUGAUGAAACAAUGAGCAAACUUCUUAAGGAAAAACAGGAAAAAGCACUAGAUGACAGUAUUGACAUGCAAGACAUGAAGCCAUCUUUGUGUUGUUGGAAAAGAGAUGAUCAAAAGCAAGACAAUGCUAGCUUAGAGAGUCCUCUAGAUAUGUUUCAUGCAACUCAGGCAAGUCCAGAAUGUGUAAAACUGCAGAAAUCCAGAAGCAGCGGUAGUGAAGGCAAGAGUCCACCAGAGGACAAAAGUUUGGAUUCUUCUUGGUUAGUGCCGGCUACACCUUUAUCUACAAGAAGUAGGCAUGCUUCAACACAGACCACCCAAUCUAGCUUUCUGGUAAGUCAUGCAAUUAAAAGGAGCAGACUUUUUGAGACUGCUGCUAAAAUAGAUGUUUCUUUAAUCAAAAUUAAACAGGAAAACAUGGAUGAUAAUAUGCCUAAUGUUUCUUCAAAUGAGAGCAUCCUGAGUGGAAACUCUGGUUGUGACAAAAAGAUGGAAGAAGUGAUUGCAGGUAAUUCAUUACAUGCUAAUGUAUCAACAACGCUGCGUUUUGGAAGCUGUAAUAGCUCAGAAUACCAAACCCACUCUCACAGAACGUUUGAUGCCCCCAAAUUUGAGGAUAAACAUCAACUUUUGUUAAGUAAUGACUCAUUGGAUAGUGUUUCUGAAGAUGAUAAAUGUGAAGAAAAGAAAGGAGAAGGAAAGAUGAACACGCAUGUGUCUCCUAAUGUGAGUUUCCCAGUGAGCAGUGAGUGUCGUGCAUCUGACUGUGAUGAGAUUGACAAGUGUCAGAGUUUGAGAUCUAGUUCCAAAACUUGCAUGAACAAAUUAUACUGCACUGAUGAUAAAAGUCUUAGAAGUCUUGUUACCACUUCAAAAGUUAGAAAUAAAACACCUAUUAAAUGUCAUUCAGAAAAAUCCAGAAGAGCAACCUUGGGCAGUUUUCAAGAACAGCAUAACAUUUCCACAAGUGAAAAGCAGUUCAGUUUUUCUGAUUCCAAGUUCUGGGAUGAAUGGAAUGGAGAUGAUAUCCCAGAGGUCCUUCCACUUACACAGAGGGUUGCAGAAGUGGCCCAUACCCAAAGUGUUAAGCAGCUGAAGACCCCAGUUGUCAGUCACAAGAAGAGCCAGAGUGCUUUUGUUCCCAUCACACCAAUGCCUUGCUAUUCUGAUAUGGAGACUCCGGAAUUGAAGAAGGAGCUAACCAGGUUUGGUGUUCGCCCCCUACCUAAACGCCAGAUGGUUCUCAAAUUAAAGGAGAUACACCAGUAUACACAUCAGGUACUUAGUUCUGACUCAGAUGAUGAAAUUCCAUCUACACAGACUCAGCCAUUCCCAAGAACAGUUCCUGAGGCUACUAGUCAAUCUCAGCCAGUGUUAUUGACCAAGAAGAAAAAGAACUCAAAAGCUCCUUCUGGAACUUCAUUAACAACAGCUUCAUCAAAGCAGUCAAAUACUACUUUCAAAAGUCAGUCAUUACCAAUGUCUUCAGAUUCCAGUACUGUACCCUAUCAUGAUUUCCCCCAGGUUAUGGUCAGAACUGGUAAAGAGAGGUUUAAGCAACCAGAUGUCAAAGCUAGGCAUGAAGGUAAACUAGGAAGACCGUUAUCCUCUCCAUCAAAGUCUCCAUUAAAGGCAGGGCCUUCUGUUUAUAGUGAACAAGGUGAACUACCUUCAUCUCAGGGGUCAACAGCAUCUUCUGCUGCUGGAAGCGAUGACACCUUUGGCUCCCAGAGCUCUUCCACCAAUGAAUUUGAGAUUGCUUUUGCUUCAGAGGAUGAAGAAGAAGAGGAAGGAAUCACUUUAUCUCAGGCUGCUGCACGUGAUGCAGAUACAAUAGAGGCAGUACACCAGUACAUCUUAAGAAAUCCUGAACUUCACAACAGGAUCCUGUCAUAUGAGCCAUUUGAGCUUGUGAAAUUGCAUGCAGAACUGAAACUGAAUGGGUUAAAAAUUGCAAUGGGCAAACUGCAUGAUUUUUUAGAUUCUCAAUGUAUCACAUUCACAACUGCUGGAGCAAGGAAGGAGAAGCGAGAAAAGAAAUGCCGACGAAGGGUCAAACAGAAAGGACAGAAAAGAUUCUGAAUGAUAAAGUGUCGUCUCAGUUGGAUAGCUACAGCACUGGGCAUGAUUUUUUUUUUCUCCAGAAGUGGCUUACUUGUCUUGUAAUAGAAAAAAACAUUUUUAAAUGUAGACUUGUCUGAUCUAGGGCCAACACAUUUCACAUCCCUCAAAUUAUAGAUUUUAUUUCUUAUAAAUGAAUUAAAUUGCAGUUGACAUUUUAUAUCUCUGAUCCAAAUAUGCAAGCAUUAUGUUUUGCAUUCUUCCCUAAAAGUGUUCAUAGUUCAGCCUUGCUUAUUACAGGGUCUUUCUAAAGCUCCUUUGCUUGAUACCUUUGACAGGUUUCUAACCCAUAUGGGUAGUCACAGAGAGAGUUUUUUGUGCCCCUCUAUAAUGCAUAGAACUGAAGUUUUUCACACCUUAUUCUCAGUCCUUUGUUAAAGUAUAUGUCAGUAAGUGUGUACAGCAGACUUCAAAUGAAUGAGAGAUCAUUUUUGUUAGACCAAAGACGUAUGGAGGUCUGCACCAGUAUUGACAUUAAGUGCUGUACUUAAAUGUUUUCUUCUGACAUUUGGCAUAGACAGCAUUGAGCCUUUAUCCCAUCAGUUGUUGUAGGACAGCUCCAUUCAUAUCUCGAGGUUUAGCAGGGAGUACAAAGAUUCCAUAGACACAAUUUUGGAAGCAAGUGUAAUUUUAGCACUGUAGAAUUGUUGAGGAGGCAGUCAUUGUUGGCACUGAAUGAAGCAGAGCUUGAUUGUCUUAAGCAGACAUAUUAAGUAGGAAUGAUUAGACUUGUAUCUAUAGCAUAGUUGUGGCAUAUUAAUUCCAGGAAACUACACAUUUUAGAACUGGAAGUAAGCCUUCUAUUGUGCCGGAAGCAUUGUACCUGGGAAACUGCUGCAAUGGGCAAGAACAUUUCAGAAAUCAGGAUUGUUGCUAGAAUAAUAUUGUCUGCUUCUACUGAUAAGGUGCAGCAUAGUAAAGCUUUCUUCACUGCAACUUUUGUAGGUACCAGUUGCGUGCCCUUCCUGCUGAUAGAGUCCCAUGAUUUCAUAUUUCAUGCCUUUUCACCCCGUACACAAGUCCAGCCUUUCACACAUCUUUCUUAUGUUUUAUCCCCCCCCCCCAGUGGCCCACCCUAGUUUUUUGCCUUUAUGAAUAGUAAGUAUAAAGUUUCACAGCCCCUUUGUUACUGCUGAGCAUGUCAAGAAUUCUUUGUCAUAUGUCCUGUUUUACUUUGUUCUUUACUGUUCAUUUAAUGUCGUUCUGUGCAGAGAAGUUCAUGCAUCAUGAUGGAAAGAACAGUUAUAUGAAUUCAAUCACAUAACUGAAUUUAGACUAAGAGUUGCGUGUCUUUCAUGUUUGUAGCUUUUAACUAUGGUGUUUAUAUUUUGAUGUACAGUUGUAAUAUAAUUAUAACUAAAAUUAAGAAAAGAAGAUAGGUAUUUUGUAUUAUAUUUGAUAUUUUGUUUUUAAAAUCCUUUGUUGUGAUCUGGAUAAGUUCUG